AUGUCGUUCCUGAGCUUGAACCGCUUCUUGUUAACUGCCCUCAUUCUAGGUUUGGGAACAACAUGCUUUACAGUCCCAGUUUUGCUCAAACAAGUCAAAGACGCAGCAAGAGCGCCACCACCAGACCCUCCACCCCCGGCCAAGCGUCUCCAGAAGGAUUCUGAGAACUCGCUCAAGCUUGACACUCUACGCACACUCGCAGACGGAUAUAGCUAUGAUCUACGCACCUCGGCCAUCAAGAUCGUUGCCAGCCGAACCGUUAGAUCUCGCACGAGGGAACUAUUAUUGCGCGAUCUGGCCUGUAACGACCACAACCGCCGCGAGAAUGCUAUUAACGCUUUACACAUGCUUCUCACUCACCCGGCGCUCAACGAUUCGAUAUCCGGUCAAUUCCGAGACGCUAAGGCCAUCACGGCGGUUGUUCGUGGCUUGAUUAAUGUGCUUCCCCAGCAUGAUAUUCACGUCAACCAAGAGGGUAAAAAAGAGACGGCCAUCGCGGCUGAGAAGAAAACGCCGCCACCGUCACCCAUCCGCCCUAGUCGCCGGCCCUCUCAAGAAGCUCAGUUGCUCGAAAUAUUCACUAAUAUGCUUCAUAGCCUUUCGCGGCGCGACAUACAUUACAUAGAAGUGAUGAACACCGCCUUGCGCGCGGGCUUGGUCACCAAGUGGUUAGCAAAUUACCCUUUCCCCUGUGCUUUGCCAGAGAACUCUGAGUUCAACUUCAAACGAUGUGAUGUGGCGAGAUUGUUUGACCGUACGGCUUGGCUUUCUGACGACCCUCUAAUGGGGGACGUCAUCCUCGAGGUGAUGCAAUAUCCUCCAGCGAAGAGACAGAUGCGUGAAGUCGGGUUGAGUGCAAGCAGCUACAAAGAGAAUAUGGACAUGGGGCGCAGCGAUCGGGACUCGUGGAAUGCGGGAUGGGGUUCGUCGGGCUGGGCCGAUGGCGAGGCAGAUGCCGACGAAGACAACGAUGUAAGAAUGGUCAAUGGCGAAGACACCGCAGGGCUGAUUCCCGGCAACGCCGCCGCUCCUCAGGACAACAUCACGCUCUGGGAUGAACCUGCACGAUCAACCAUUACCAGGGCCGGCGCUAGACUGAGGUCCGCCGAGAGGAGUCAGGAAGAGGAGCAUUUGCGAAGGCGACACAGGGAGGCGAUUGUCGUUGCCGAGCGGGGUACGCCGCUGAGCAGGGAAAAUAUCUUGCAGAGGGAGAAUAGCGAGAUCUUGCAGCCCAUGAACGGGGUCAGCGAGGUCGAAGGGGAGUUGAAUGGGCUGUUGAAUCUGUCCGAAAGCUCUGCGGAUGCCCAGCUAGAGGACCAGGAAGCCCGCCCCGAUCCACCUCCCUGUUCCGACACAACCAACGUCUUAGAUCUGGCUCCUGAACUGGAGGACGAAGUGGCAAAGGAGCUGACGACGGUGGAUGAGGACAAGGACAAGGACGAAGAGGAGAUGAUCCGAGCUCAGAGGAGGCACCGUGAGAUCGAGCAAUUGAUCGAGGAAGACCCAGAGAUACAAGGCACGAGUGAGGUGCUGUGCCAGCCGACUGGUUCGGGUGAGGCAGCAGCCAUGGACACGAUUCCAGCCACUGCUGGCUCUCCAGUAGUGGAGGACGACGGUGCCGACAAGCAAGAAGGCUCGUAG